AUGAAGUUGCUCAUACUUGGAGCCACUGGGAAAGUGGGAGCGUGGACAGCUCGAAAGGCCAUUGAGCACGGCCACGAUGUGACGCUACAUGUUAGAGAUCAACACCGUGUUCCCGAAGAUAUUAGAAACUCUCACAAAGUGAAGAUCAUUGAAGGCAGUCUGUCCAAUGAAGAGACCCUUUCCGAAGCAAUCGAAGACCAAGAUGCAAUUUUGUCAUCGCUUGGUCCGAAUGGGCCAUUUUGUCCUAGGAAUGAACUAGCAAACGGUUACCGCCUGAUUCUCAAAUUGAUGAGGAGGCACAAUGUGCGCCGUAUUCUUGCCAUGGGCACAAUCAGCUGCUACGAUGAGCGCGAUUCCUUUGCAUUGUCUCGGCUCCUUGCGUAUAGCGUGAUUUUCGUGGUGGCACGAAGGGCACAGCUGGAAAUCUUUGGGAUCGAAAAAGUCUUCAAGGAGGAAGGUCAGGGGUUGGACUGGACACUGUACAGAGUGCCAGUGCUGGGGAGUUCUUCGGAAGAUGGCGGGAUGGCAGAGGCGGGCUGGGUGGGAGAUGGAAAGUGGAAUGUCUUUCUCCAGAGAAGAGAUUGGGCGAACUGGAUGGUACAGGAAGCCGAAAGACAUCAACCCAUGUGGGUGAGCGAGAUGCCGGCCCUGUACACACCCCGAAGGUGA